AUGGCCUCCAGGGAAGAUAAGACCAGAGCACCCCGCCACUGCGCUCUGCAUGCCACCUCCUGGGUCUUGAGACCAGAGAUCUCAGACAAACAAUACCUGAUCGCAGUGGGGAACCUGAGACAUGGGGCCCUGCAGAUGGUGGAGGACCUGAUAAAUAUAUAUGGUGGCUAUUACCACGCCUUCUUAGAGAUCUUGCGUAAAUUCAUCUUCUUCUUCCAGGACUCCCGAUGGAAACAGGCUGAUGAAAUGGGGAAAUGGGCAUCUGAUGAAAUCACUGGGGGCUUUGACCAGCUCUCCCAUGCUGCUCUUUUGCCCGGAACAGUCCAGCUCCACUCACCACCAGAGGAGGUGGAGUCGUACGGAGAUCACGUGCACAUCACCUACCAAACGCCUGACACUCUGACUGCUGAUUACAUGAUUGUGGCCACCACAGCCACGGCUGCCCAGCUCCUCCAUUUCCAGCCACCUCUAUCCCAUGGCAAGGAGAAUGCACUGCGAUCCUUCCACUACAGCAGUGUCACCAAAGUGUUCCUGGCAGGCAUGCAGAGUUUCUGGGAGCAUGAAGGCAUCUUUGGGGAUGAGUCCAGCACUGACUGGCCUUCCUGCUUUAUCCACUACCCCAGUCAUACCUUCCCCAGUGGCACAGGAGUCAUCCUUGCCUCCUUUACCAUGGACGACAACUCCUCUUUCUUUGCCCAGGCAGCCGAUGUUGUCUUGGAUGACCUGGCCACAGUCCAUGACCUCUCCAAGGAGGAGCUGCGGGCCCUGUGCCCCUAUUCCAUGAUCAAGCACUGGAGCUAGGACUCCUACUCCAUGGGUGGUUUUGCCCUCUUUACUCCCUACCAGUAUGUGGACUAUGCCCAGGAACUUGGAUGGGUCCACUUUGCUGGUGAGCACACAAACCUGCCAGAUGGCUGGACUGACACAUCCAUCAAAUCAGGGCUCAAGACAGCACAGAACAUACAAGAGGCUAUGGGCCUGGCUUUGACAAAGGCUGAGAACUCGGAUGGAGACGACUUUGUGACCAGCAACAUGCUCAAUGCUUUUGCAUAUUAUUAA